CCCAGUUUCUUCAGUUUCUGUGGGAGGAGUUCUUCAUCCAAUGGAAGUCCGUGGGGUUUCUUGGAAUCCAUAACACGCUGUGAAAGACAGAUGGCAAGGCCCGAGAAUACAGAGGGUUUCCUCCUGUCGCCUUCCCGGCGUUUCUCAACUAAAGUCUAGAAAGGUUGUCUAAUAGACGUGGAAAAUAAGCAUCAUGGAGAACAUAAGCAACAUGUCCCAGCCCAUGACUGCAGACGAGCUGUACGAAGACUUCGCUCCCAACAUGACCGACUUCUUCCACCAGGGAACCGACGGCGAAGUCCUCUGGGCAAAGAUCUUCCUGUGCACGGUGUACUCCAUCACCAUGCUGACCUGUGGUGUCGGGAAUCUCCUGCUCAUGGUCGUCAUCGCCAAGUACAAGGAGAUGCGGACCAUCACCAACGCGCUAGUAGCCAACCUGGCGCUGUCGGACUUCCUGGUGGCUGUGUUCUGCGUGCCGUUCAUACUAGACUACCACAUCGUCAGGCCCAACCGGCCGUGGACGUACGGCGACGUCACCUGCGCUGUCGUCAACUACGCCCGGAUGUCGUCUCUCUACGUCUCCACCAACGCACUGCUGGUCAUUGCCGUGGACAGAUACGUGGUGAUCAUGAUGCCGCACAUCCCUCGGAUGAGUCGCGCCGUGGCCACGUGUGUGGUGCUGGCGGUGUGGGUGUGCUCCAUGCUGGUGGCCAUCCCCACAGCCGUGUACUCACGUGCGCUGUACUAUGUGGACUUCCACGGCACGUUCUGUGGACUCGUCUGGCCUAUCGGACAUCAAGUCAGAUACAAAGCUUACUACUUGGCUGUUCUCCUUCUUGAGUUCAUCGCCCCGGUCCUGAUUAUGUCGUUCUGCUACAUCCGGAUAGCACGGCGUAUCUGGUACCGCACUGUUCCUGGCCAGCAGACUGAGUCUCAACAGGCGGCCAUGUUGAAAUCCAAGAAGAGGAACGUCCGACUGCUCAUCGUCAUUCUGGUGAUGUUUGUGCUGUGCUGGGGACCAUAUUACGGCUAUGCUGUGGUGAGAGACUUCUUCCCCCGUCUGCUGGCCAAAUCACGACUCAACAUCACCCUGCACUACGUAGUGGAGGCGGUGGCCAUGGGGAAUAGCUCCAUUGACACCGUGGUGUACAUCGCCAUGAACGGCAACGUGAGGAAGUUCAUGAAGAAGCUGCCGCACGACUGCUACACGUCCUACAUGCAGUGGAAGAGCCGCCGGGUCCAACCAGUCAGUGUCACGGUCGUGGGAGGCAGACGGCCCGUAGACAGACGCUCCUCGACCCGGUCCGACAACACCUUCCCUCCGUCUAACUACUCAAACUACAGAACCCGCGAUGUGAAGGAAGUCUUCUGUAUUGAAGACAAGGUGACCCAUAGAUCUAACACAGAGUAUCCUUACACUGGUGAAUGAAAGAUUGUUACAUUCUACCACAGUUUAUUGUCACAUUCAUCGUAGUUUGUCGUACGAUUGUGAUGCUGUAGGACUUGAAUGUAAUGAAUGUCCCUAUAGGAUUCUCCUCAGUUUGGGGUCAUGCAAUGAUCGUGCGACGAUCGCACGACGUAUACGACUGGCGCGGGAUACUUACCGACAGCAUGGGGAACCAUUGUCGCCAUGUAAAUCCUGACGUUUGGUUCUAGUUUCAAACUUACUGUACAAUAUAGAAUGUAUCACUAAAAUCAAAAGAAGAUCAGGAUGCUCGACUAUCUAGACAAGAGAAGAUCAAAAACAUUCCAUUUAAGAUAAUAACAUUGCUGAUAAGAAGGUGAUACCAUUGAAAACAAGGAAUAGUUAACAAUAUGUGCAAUAUAUAUGGUCUGUUUGAAAUGUACUAUUUAUGUAAAACGUAUAGACAUGAUCGUGUAGUUUCGUGGUUUACACUCACCUUAAAUAUGUCACAUAGUAAGUAUAAACUGUAUGUUGUCAAUUAUAAAUAUAUAUACGUCGCACAUAAACAUGUACAUAGAGACACAUACACGCACGAGCAAGUAUAUACAUACAUAUAUUUAUCUUUCAAUAUGUAUAUAUACAUUAUCUAUAUAACUACCUACCUAUCUAUUUAUCUAAUUACACUGGAGUUGAUUGAAGUUUUCUAGUUUCUACCUAAUUUAUGUUGUGAGCUAUAAUGAGCACAUGUGUAUUUGUUUCUAUGUUAUUCUAAUGCAUUGUGCACCACCAUAUAUGGAGAUAAAGCACUAUUGAAAACCGGAGUAUUGCACGGACUUUCAUGUCAACUGUCAUUGCAUAACGUCGUUGUGCUUUGUCGAUGAUAUCAAUGUGCACCAAGUAAUAUAUCAUUACCGUCAUUGUGACGGUCCUCUGUGAA